CGAACCAACAAAGCGAUUGCCGAGCGCUUGGUGAAUUUGGAACUCUUUCUUCGGAUUUUACCCGUAAUUUGGCCGGAAAAGGCGCUAGAACCGAGUUGUUCUUGCGGAAUAAGUGUUAACGAUAGUGAGUGUUAAUUAGGAAGUUGUGGAAAAUCAAAAGUAAUCGCGAAAUCGACGAUUUCUGAUACAGAGAGGGAAAAUUUUUGAGCAGGCAUUCAGUAGCUCGCUUUUUUUCCAUUGAGUUCGGAGUUGAAGACAAAAAGUAAAUUAACUAAAAAAUACGCUUUUAAAGAAUCGUACAUAAAAAUAAUCUCCAACUGACAAACAUGGGCAAAGAAAUCGAUCCGGCUGACAUCGGCAAACACCCGGACCUGAUCCGGAAGGCCCAGGGCGAAAUGGCCCAGUGUGAUGUGCUGGUGUGCGGCCGCUGUCACUCGGUGUUCCACUUCAUCGAGCUGUUCCGGGAGCACAAGGAACAGGAAUGUCCCAAAGAGUCCACGCUGAAGGACUGCCGGGAAACGAAGGCCAAGGUGUGGGCGUUUCUGCUGUGGAAGGCUGCCCAGCUUAACGGGGACGGGGCCUCUGGAGCGGAAGGUGGCACUGGGAAUGUAAACUCCUGGAAGCUAUACCAAACCUGGGUCAAGCUGGAGGAAUCGGUUCGCGAAACGUGGAUCGUCGCCGGGCGGACCAUUCAGUCGUUUGCGCGGAUGGGCCAAGGAAGUUUGCAGGAGAUGCCAGUUAAGAUAACCAAGACUAUCAUCGAAAGUGGACCUGAUGAUAAAAAACAAGCAACGGGAACAUCGCCUUCGACGCAGCAGAAUAGAUAUUUCCCACCCCGUAAACCGGAGAUCAAAACCAAUGCUUCGCCUGGUGCACUUCCGGCUAAGGUUGAUGAAACGAAAAAGUCACCAAUUGUAACACAAGUUAAGAAACCGGAGCCAGUCGUACCGAAUAAACCAGGAGCUGGAAAACGUUCGGUGGCCAAACGUACUACUCCUGGUAGCGGCGAAGUCGUCGAGGAGGAAGUCGAGAAGAUUUUGGCCAAGCGGUUCAAUCCACGCCGUAAAGAGCAUGAGUAUCUGGUGAAAUGGUCUAAGUAUGCCCAUGAUCAAAACACCUGGGAACCGUUGAUUCAUUUGCAAACAUGCCAGAGUGUGCUGGAGUACUUCGAAGUUCAACUGGCGAAACAGAAAGAGCAAAGGGCAGCUGCUGCUGCUCGUACCUUGCAGCAACAACAGGCUGAAAAGGCCAAAGCUGCUGGAACCGCGACUCCUGCUACACCUACAUCGGUCACAAAUACUGCUGCAACAAAACCGGUCACCUCGGCUACAGCAUCUACAACUUCUUCGUCUCUUCCAUCGGUGACGGUUUCUGUUUCGCAGGGAUCCCCAACAAGGCCCUUCCGCAACUCAAAGGUUAACGCAAUGGAUAAGGUCAAGCAGUGGGUUGGGAGUACGGUUGCCGCCAAUGCCGGGAGUUCUAGCUACGAGGAAAACAGCGGUAUCAAAAGGAAGAUGGAAGUCGAAGAGGAACCCAAGGAAGAAGUAACGAUCAAACGAGUAAGGGCGGAAAAUGGCCCUGUAAACCAGAUGUUGAAUAGAGCCCAGCAAAACACAGGCGUAAAAAUGGUUCCAGUUGGAGCGAAAUCCCCAGUAAAGAUCGUCAACGGCAUAGGGGCUCUCAAGAAGGAAGAUGGCAAGUCAGCUGAAGUCAUUGUCAAGACUAUUAAAGACGGCACGGCUAGUGGAGUUGUGAAGAAGCCUGGUUACACCGGAGCAAAAAAUGUGGCAGGUGAAGCUCAAGUUCAAAUUGUCAACCGAGGAGAAGUUCCGAAGCAAGGCGUUUUCAAAGUGUCCCCAGGAACGCCUUCUCCUCAGGCUUCCCCUACGAUUGUUAACCGACAAACGCCCCCAGGCACCACUACUACAACUACAACUCGUAUCGUUCGCAAAAACAUCGGAGGACAACAACAACUGGUUAAACAGGUUGUAAGAACUACCAUUCCGAUCGCCCAAGCUCAAGCCCAGGCACAAAAUCAAACACCCCAACAACGGCAACCGCUUCAGAGAGUAUUCAGCAAUUCAAGUCCAAAUGAAGCUCCCAUCCCUAAAUUAACGACCAACAUUGUCCCGCGAAGCUCGCUCUCCCCAGGACAAUCGAGAUCACAAAGCAUCAACCGUAACUUGAGGAGUACUCCACCCUCCAAAAACACUACCCCAGAGCAAAAAAUUAACGCGCUCCGUAAGCAAGGACUCAACGUCGUUAAAAGGACAGUAUCCCCCGCUGCUACUUCUCCGGCCGUCAGCCAGAAAUCACCGGAAGACGACGAGGGCAUUGCUGAUCCAUUCCCAUCAAAUAUCCAGAAUCCACCACCAGAAUCUCCCUCGAGAGAGCUCACUCUUUGCCCCGUCACUGGAAAAAUUCUUGGCCAAGCCGAAGGUGAACCCACUCCGGUUCCAAGUCCCGAAAUGCAAGAUGACAAGGUUCAAACCAAACAGGAACAUACGCAAGAAAUGCAACAGGAACAGGACACCCAAGUGCAGCAGAUACUCACCAACGAAGACGGUUCCCCGAUCAUUGUGGCCGGCGAAGAUGGCACCCUGUAUCAGGUAGCCGGCAAAAACGCCGAAGGUCAAACCAUCCUCAUUGCCCAGGGUGCCGACGGGGAGCAGCAGUGUGUUUUGGUAGCUGCCCAGGAAGGCGAAGGCGACGAAUCCAAUGCUGGCGUUAUGACCCUGGAUGCGGCCAUCUCCGAAGCCGUUGCCCAUGUGGUACCUCAAGAGGGUCAACAGUUGACGGAAGAACAGGCCGCCCAGUACAAACUGCAGCAAGAAGCUGCCGGAGUGGAUCCAAAUCAGCAGUUGACGAUCCAAACCGAGGAUUCCCAAGACGGUCAAAUUACGGCUGAAGUAGUACAAGCUGACCAACCAUCACCCGGUGGUACGCGCCGGGUGGUUCUGCUGCUACCGGACGGCAGCUUCAUGAUGACCGAAGUUAACGAGGAACAGUACCAAUCGCUUAAUUUGGUAAAUUAAAGUACAGAGAAAAAAAGGAUACCAGCACGCAAACUGACAAACUAACUUACUAUUAAGCAAAGUGUUUGAAUAAUUUAGGCUAUUUUAGUUUUUUCCGCAAAACAAUGUCUCUUCUAUCGACCGAGCCUAUUGCAACCGAAUUUCGUUUUCCUACGAGUAAGCCAACAAGUAAGUUUUACUACUUCCUGUACAGAUGCCAUUGGAACUCCUGAUGGGUUCCAACUUAAGACCUUUGAAGCAUAGUUUUAAACCUCUUGAUUAUAUAAGUAACUCUACUGUUCCGUACAAGAAUUUCGGACUUCGGAAUACAUAUAAGAAUUACGCUAGAGUAAAGUUUAUCUGUUAGUGGUAGUUUACGUGAGAUAAUUACGUAGUGCGUAGGAUGCAUUCAGUAAAAGCGCUUUGUUUGACAACCUUUGAAGAAAAAAUGCCGAUUUUAAUUAUAUAAAAAUGAAGUUAGUUAAAAUAUUAUCAAUCAA